GUCAAGUUGACUUUGCAUCAGCGAGAUCUGCAGCUUGAAUCUUUACAGCAAGAACACCUAGACCUGAUGAAACAAUUGACUCUAACCCAAGAGACACUGCACACCAAAGAGCAGUCCCUGGAUGACCUGCAAACACAGUAUGAUGAACUGAAGGCCAGGUUAGAAGAGUUCCAAAGUGAAGCUACUUCCAAAGAUGACACGAUCCAGUAUUUGCAGAAUGAGAAGAUUGUCUUGGAAGUAGCUCUGCAGGCAGCAAAAGCAAGUAAAGAGCAACUUGACGAAGGAGCAACGCGCCUUGGAGAAGAUGCAGAAGUAACAUCACAAAUUUUGGAACAGCUGAAGCAAGAAAUGGCAGUCAAGUCAAGCCAGGUGGAAAAUCUGCAACAAGAAAACUCCAGCCUCAAAAAACAGGUUCAAAAAGUGAAGGAACAGUUCCUGCAGCAGAAGGUAAUGGUGGAAGCUUAUCGGAGAGAUGCGAGUUCCAAGGACCAACUGAUUAGUGAACUGAAAGCUACAAAGAAGCGAUUGGAUUCGGAAGUGAAAGAGCUAAAACGAGAGCUGCUGAAAAUUCAAGUUGAAAAACAGUCACUUGAAUCUGAACAUUCAAAACUACAGAAGGAAGUGUCUCAGGUUCACCAGCAGAUGGUGGAAAUAGAAAAUCAUCUUCAGUCAGUGCAGAAAGAACGAGACGAUAUGGAAACACGUCUACAGUCUUUGCAGUUCGAUAAGGAACAAAUGGCAUCCCUUGCUGAGGCAAAUCAGGCAUUAAAACAACAAGUAGAGCAAAUGCAAGAAGAAGCAAAAAAGGCCAUUACUGAGCAGAAACAGAAAAUGAAGCGUCUUGGGUCAGACCUGACGAGUGCUCAGAAGGAGAUGAAAGCCAAACACAAAGCCUAUGAGAAUGCAGUCAGCAUUCUCAGUCGGAGGCUACAGGAGUCUCUUACUGCUAAGGAAACUGCUGAAGCAGAGCUGAGCAAACUAAAAGCACAAAUUACUGAUGGUGGAAACGACCAGAUUGCUCAGGAAAAGAUUCAAGCUCUGAAGACAGAACUGCGAGCUGUGAGCAGCAGUAAGUUGAUGCUGGAGAAAGAGUUGCAAGAAGUGAUUUCACUUACCAGCCAGGAGCUUGAAGAGUACAGAGAGAAAGUUCUGGAACUUGAGGACGAGCUUCAGGAAUCUAGAGGCUUCAGGAAGAAAAUAAAACGCUUAGAAGAAAUGAAUAAGAAGUUGGCCCUUGAACUGGAGCAUGAACGUGGGAAACUUACAGGCCUCAGUCAGUCCAACGCUGCUUUGCGGGAGCACAAUAAUAUCCUUGAAACAGCAUUAGCAAAAAGAGAGGCAGAUUUGGUACAACUGAACCUACAGGUUCAGGCAGUCCUAAAGCGGAAAGAAGAAGAGGAUCAGCAAAUGCAACAACUUAUUCAAGCUUUACAGGCUUCCUUAGAGAAAGAAAAGUUAAAAGUCAAAAGCCUUCAGAAGCAGGAAGCAGCAGCCAAAGCAGAUGCAGCACAUAACCGCAGACACCACAGAGCAGCAAUGCUUGAGCUCAGUGAAAUCAAGAAGGAGCUACAUGCCAAAGAACUGCUUGUCCAGGCCCUGCAGGCUGAAGUGGACAAACUGCAGGCGGAAGAUGAAAAGCAUUCCCAGGAGGUAUCACGGUUUCAGGAAGAGCUGGCAGAAGCCAGGUCUCAGCUCCAGCUUCUGCAGAAAAACCUGGAUGACAAGCUUAGUGAACAGCCUCUAGUAAGCCAAGAGGUGGAAGACCUCAAGUGGGAAGUAGAACGGAAAGAAAGAGAAAUUGAAACGCUUAAGCAGCAGUUAGACAUGACUGAACAGCGUAACCACAAGGAAAUAGAAGGGAUGCAAGUUGUCUUGCAGAAUAUCAAGACUGAGUUGGAAAUGGUGAGGGAAGACCUGUCAGCAACCCAGAAGGACAAGUUUAUGCUGCAGGCUAAAGUGACUGAACUGAAGAACAGCAUGAAGUCACUGCUGCAGCAGAACCAGCAACUGAAGUUGGACCUGAAGCAUGGCAAGAUGAAGAAGAGGAAGGAACUGAAAGGAGAGAAUAACUCUUCCAAUCCUGUGACUCCAGUCAAGAUUCCUGAUUGUCCAGUGCCUGCUGCCUUGCUGGAAGAACUCUUGAAACCAUCAACAGCUGUGAGCAAGGAGCCUUUAAAAAAUCUGAACAGCUGUCUCCGGCAAUUAAAGCAAGAAAUGGACAGUCUUCAGCGGCAGAUGGAGGAACACACCAUUACAGUACACGAGUCAAUGUCUUCGUGGACUCAGAUUGAGGGGAAGUUAAUGGACCUUUCUUCUACCAGUCCUGCAACUGCAUCAGACCAGCAGGAGGUUCCUACUGCAGAUGAAAAGAAAGAGAAUUGUAGUGUUAGUGACAAGGAAGCUUUGACACUAUAACCACCUUAUCAGUUGUCUUUCUUCCUAUUGCUUUAAGUAUCUAAACAAAUCUUUAUAAAAUUAUUUAUUUCAUUUUUUAAA